CUUUAAUUACAUCAUAGCAAAUAAGUCAGCUCAUUUGUUUGCCACGCUUUUAACAUUCAAUAUUCAUCAUAGAAGAUCUUGUGCGUUGCACCUUGAGAUAAUAAUCGUAGGAAAGUGAAAUGCGCCUCAGGUAGUGUUAGAUUCCGUUUGGUGUCAGACGGACAAACGUGCGUGGUGCUCCAGUGUUUCAUUACCUUAUAAAACUACUUGGGAGGAAAAUAGCAAGUAGCGGAACAUGUAUGUUGACGGGAUUUUCACUUCACCUUUGGAAGGGGAUGUUAGCGAUUUUCCAAAAGUCUCCAUCAGCGAGUACCUGCUAUCAUUAGUCGAAAAGAACGGUCUCUCUGAUUCAGAGAAGCCAUGGGUGAUUGACGCUCGAACAGAAGUGCAGGUUUUGUUCAAAGAAAUUGAACCUUUGUCAAGGAAAAUCGCGAGUGGACUGGCCAGAUUGGGUUUCAAGAAGCGCGACAUCUUGUACUUUGUGACCUACGAGACGGCCCAGUUGUACUUGGUGCAAUUGGCCGUCUGGAGACUUGGAGGGGCCGUUAGGGGAUGCUACCAGCAAGAAGCUCCAGAGGAAUACGCAAGACAGUUGCGAGAGACUCGGUCAAGGUUCAUCCUGAUUGACAGUGAAACCGAGGCCCGGAUGAAGCAAGCAGCGCAAAUGGUUGACUUGCAAGUUUCGUUUUUGUCCUUCGGAGAGGUGCAGGACGCGGUGCCUGUUGCGAAAUUAAUGACAGACGACGGCACAGCGUUCCCUGACAAGGUCGAGUUUGACAGCGACGACGUUAUCAUCAUUCCAAAUACCAGCGGCAGCACCGGACUGCCCAAAGGUGUUCUCCACACGCACGCAACUUACAUCGCAUUGUCCCACAAUCGCAAGACACUGAGUCGCGUCUUGGACUUCAAUUUUAUGACGCCGAUGAGCAAUUUCGCCGUCGGCAGUUUCAUGCUGACGGCCAAUACUAUUGUUCACGGCGUCACAAUCAUCCACUUGGGAAAGUUCGUGCGCGAGGAGUACAUCGGCAACCUGAUUAAGUACAAGCCUGGAAACUGCCUGAUGUACCCGUUCGUGGCCUCCUGGUUUGCCAGGUGUGACGAAAUUGAAAAAGUGGACCUUGGAUUUUUGAAAAUGAUUUCCUGCGGCGGGUCUGUGCUCGACGUGACCACCGCAGAACUCCUCGUCAAAAAGUUGCCGCAUAUCCGUUUGGCACAAUUUUAUGGUAUGACAGAGUGCCUUGGAAUAUCAAACACGGAAAUUGAGAGGACCGAAGAAGAGGCAAAUAUGCCACUAAUUACAGCCGUCAAUGAAGGAGAAACGUGCGUUUCGUCUGGAAAACUUGGUGCCUGCGUUAAAGUGAAGAUCAUCGAUGAGAAAACUGGUCUAAACUUGGGUGCCAAUGAAAGAGGCCUUGUAUAUGUGCACUCGCCAAUGAUCAUGAAAGGGUACCUGUCUGAAAACAGCAAAGAGCCUGUGAGAAAGGACAUAGAUUCAGAAGGUUGGUUGAAAACUGGAGACGUUGGUUUCUUUGAUGAAAGGGGCAAUAUUUAUAUUGUUGAGAGGGUCAGCUUCAUGUUCAAGUACUUCAUGUUUAUUGUAUCGCCGACGGAAAUAGAAGCAGUUCUGCAGGAACAUCCUGACGUGCACGAGGUUGGGGUGGUGGGGGUUCCGCACCCUGAGAGCACCAGCGUGGCCAGGGCGUUCGUCGUUUUGAAACAGGGUCGCAUGUGCAGCAAGGAAGAACUGAGAAAUUUCGUAGCCGAACGGUUGCCUACUUACAAGCACUUGCACGGAGGGGUCGUGUUUGUGGACAGUUUGCCGGAGAGCAGGGGCAACAAACUCGACCGACCGGCGCUCAAGAAACUUGCAAUCGAGCAAGGCCUUUGAAAUUAAAUUAAAACUAAUUUGAAUUAACGUGCAAAGUAUUUAAAACGUAGCUCAAUAACACAGUUUAACCAAAAACAAUUUAAUAAAAGUUUUCAGUUUUUAUAAAAUUUAAAAAAUUAUUUUAUUUUAUAUUUCAUAUCUAAUGUGUGACGAAAAAUGUUAAACAUGCAUAAAUUGAAAUUUAUGGAGCAUAGUAAUAAAAAUUUCAUAUCGACAGUCGACACAGUUGACCUCAAAUUUUUGGUUGUCAAAUUCGUUUUAAUCUGGUUUUGACGCACGGCCAAUAGAAUAAUAAAAAGUCGACUAU